CGGGCCUCUGGCAAUGCGGACCCCCAACACCGCCGCCGCAGCAACAGCACCCACAUCCCUCGUCCCGAUAUGCCUCCCUCACCCAACUCCCAGUCCCCCGUGACGGAGAGCAGCUCAUCCUCACCUCCAACUAGAACCCUCCGUUCCGUUCGUGGAGAGCGAGUCUCGCGAGCAACCAUGCCACCACUUCCCCCUACGCCUCCGCCUCACCUCGAAGAACCUCUCAUAAUUCCACCACCCCCCUCCCCCGCUGACCCUGAGGAGAAAAGCCACGAGGAUGAGGACUGGAUAUCCGUGCCCCUCGAGGAGAAGCACCCCACUCAACAAGAGAUCUCGCUUCCUGCCCAGUCGACGAGCGGAAAGGUCCUGACUAGUGCUCUCUACUCCAGACUGCCUACCCCGGUCAAUCCCCCAACCUCGGAUCUGUAUUCCCACGAGGUGUACCAGCAAGAAGGCAGACGCAGUGUGCUCUCCUCCUUGGGAAGACGGUUUGCCGGUAUCAGACGUCAAGAGAAAGGAGAAGCCUGCGCAGAGGGAACCUGCACCAUAUCCAGCCAGCAGCAUCAGCGAGAUAGAAUGCGCGAUGAGAGCAAACCGUCCGAGCAGAAGACAACCGGCUUGCCAGCUCCGCUGCGAACCAACAAAGGCCGUGACAGUGAGCGAGUCUCGUUGAGACGGGCCAACGUGCUCCCCACUACCUCAACGACCUCGAUCUCGCGCACCCAUGAUAGCAGCAAUUCUCGCCGGUCCCUGCCAGUCAUGGUGGCAGGCCGUCCUUCGACCCAGAUAUACAGUCGGAAGGAAACCGCCCCAGAUCGACCCGUGAAGCAAGCACGUCCUAGCCCAAGUUCGAGUCCAACCUGCGCCAUUGCAACCGAUGAGCACUCGCCACACUCAGAGCAAGAGCGAGAUGCCAGCAAGGACUGUCAACCGCAUGCACGCCAUCCCCCACAGAUGCCAUCCGGGAAGGUUCCCCCGAAGCGGAUCCGAUGGACGAGCAAAUUCGAGGACUUGCGGGCAGAGGGACCCGACAAGGAGGCAAAAGAUACCAGAGAAGCAGCCACGAUUCCGCCCGAAGACAAAGAAGGAGAGAAGAGCCUCACGCCCCGAACGAAGCCAAAUGCAGACGCCGAUCUCGUCCCAGAAACAAGACUCAGACACAGAGAACGCACAGAAAGAAUGGUAUCGUCACCACGAGGCCAGCCUUCUCAUCCUCCUCCUCCUCCUCCUCCUCUUCCUCCUUCUUCUUCUUUCUCUCGGAUCCCCUCCGCUGUCUCUAGAAGAAAACCGACACUAACGGUACAUACCUCUGGUCUCUCACAGGUGAAGGAAGCCCAACCCCGCGAGUACUGGCUCGGCCGAUUCAUGACCCUCACCAACGCCUUUCACUACGAAGACUCCUUCCAGGAGCCCGACGUGGCGACCGGGUUUGGCAUGCUGUCCAGCUAUUCCCGGCCCUUGGGCGGGUCGGAUGGCGAUCUGGCGAAUUAUCGUGUCAAGCGUGCCUUUAUGGUACUGGAGAACGUGUGCGUGACCGAUGAGGCGGGUGCCAGUCUUCGGGCGUUUCGGGACGAGUAUGUUCGUCUGUAUGGAGAUCGGUGGAUGGAUUAGGUGUGUUUGUUCUGCUAUUCGGGAAUUAAAAAGUAGGGUUGGGAGCGGGUAAUGGAGGCGUUCAGGCAGAUGGGAUCAUGCAUAUCAUAUCAUCUCAG